UUCCAUAAUCAUGGUUUCCCCGUAAUAGUGCUUUGCACGACUCGUACCUAUUGCCAUUGACGCUUGACCAUGACAAGCUUCCCGCAACGAAGAAUAUUUCUCUCACGCAACUAUGUGUCUUGGUACACCUCUCCGCUGACAAUUCCCUGUCGACGCUUGCAUCGGACUGUCGACUGCAGCAGCGACAAUGGUGCGAUUGUUCCGGAAAGCCUGGAGAAAACUCUGGAUGCGCACCGCGACGCCAACCGCGCACGUUUGAUUCGCAGAGUCUAUACCUCGGAUUCAAGUCCGCUUCGCAACGUCCCAAGCACCGUCAAAAGCGGAUCUCGGCCCAGUCGUCCACCAAGUCAUACUACCAGUUAUGGGGAAUCCUCGAAACCAUUACCUUCUAGCGCUGAAUCGAUCGCAGCAGCCUCAAUAACCUCCUCUCCUAUCCAGAGCACGACUCUCUACUUUGGCGGGUCACGCACUGAACCAAAGCGUGCCGUAUGGUUAAAGAAUCUGAAUGAAACACAAAUCUUUCAAGAUGGUGGCUCGCAACUCAAUGCGGAGAUUCGAGCGUUAGGGGACUACAUUUCGCCGACUGUCGUCGAGGAGGAACAGGCUCAGCAGAUUCUUGCAGAAAUCUCUCAGUUGCUCGAAGGGGUCGUGUCCCAUCCGCUACAGUGGUCAGGGGCUCGGAGCCUCGGACUCGGGACGACUAUGUCUGCUAUGUCUAUUCGUCUGCUUGUUCCUGACCCCAGUCGCUCAGGGCAAGUACGGGAACCGAGUCCCACCCGGCCAUAUAUGGUCAGCCAGUACGCAGACCUCCUGAGAAAGGUCGAGAGUAAACUUCAGGGCCAUCCGUCCUAUGUAAUACUGCGCCACACCUCGGCCAACAUUAAGUCAAAUCACACUGGCAUCCUCGACGUACGCCACCGUGAAACACGUCUCAGGCUGUCGUUCCACUGUGGUGACAAUUACCACGGCCUGUAUGAACAUAUAAGGAAUUGGCAGGCUGAAUAUCCAUCAUUCCGGUAUUUGUUUGUGGCAAGUCGCCUUGUCUUGCAAAACAAUAUCUUGUAUGGUAAAACUGGUGCAGGGAUCACCCACCCUGCGCUCGCCGUUCUACUUGCAAACUUCUUGAAGAUGAGCCAUGGCCAAUUUCUCGGAAACGAUGACUUGGGUGAGCAACUUCUCGCAUUCUUGCACAAGUUCGGACUAGAGGUCAACCUCCAGAAGUCCGGGGUCGCCGCUGACCCUCCUGGCCUCUUCGACCAGCGCUCGAUGAGAAGAGUCUACCAAGAGUAUGGUGAAAAAGUCAAUUGGCCCGUCCACCUUCGUGGCCAAGCUUCCCUCCUGCGUCGAAGGAAAACUGCCCUGGAGAGGGGCAACUAUGCUUUGGCACAGCGACUAUGUGUUCAGGACCCCACAAAUUACAUGGUGGACAUAGGCGUGCCUUGUCUGCACACGGCGUUCGUACAGAUGACUUUCAGGGACGCAUACCAAGUGCUCCGCACCUGCCUUGCGGAAUGGUCCGGGGGGCGCGUCACUCCGACCACGAGUCUUUUGGGCUCCAUCAUCCGAACACCUUUUAACAAGACUGAACAGAUGCGCGAACUUCUCGCAUCUAGGAAAGAGCUCUCACCGCAUCGCAGCAACUAGACUUUCACUUCACUUGUGUACCUUGUACGCAGGGCUGGAGCCCAGGGGGUUCUAUUCUUCAUCGUUUACAAUACUCAUCUUCGCUGUUAUUUGUGUCUAAACAUGAACAACUCCCGAUGCAUCUGCUUUGUUACCCAUCAAAUCAGUAUGGGACAAGCUAUCACAGGUGAAUUGAAAAAGUAUUAUUGUAGAAGAAG